AUGGCUUUGGGCAGUUUGUGUGUGGGGACAUUGCUGCAUCUGCCAGACAGUUAUGCAUUGAAAAGCAGAAGGGCAGCUGUGCCCAGAGGCAGCUCUGGCAGGAGGUGCCAGCUCUGGCACGUGCGAGAUGGGGGCGCCACAUCCGCAUGUGGCAGUGACCAGGAAAUUCCUCUUGGCAUCUGCCCCGGCUCUGUCCUCAAUGUUAAAACCUUCUCUCUUUCUUUCUCUCUCUCUGUUUCCCUCUUGCCUCCCUGCCUGGCUCCCUGCUCUCACAGCAACGUGGACACAAAGGAGCUGUGCGACUAUUUUGCUGAUCAUAUGGGAGACUAUGAAGAUGUCUUGGCGUCACUGGAGACCCUGAACCUCUCCAUCCUGAAGGCGAUGGACUACACCAAGCGGGUGUACGAAAGUGGCAGCAACGUGGACCAGUUUGUGACCCGCUUCUUGCUGAAGGAGACGGCCAACCAGACCCAGUCGCUGCUGAGCUCCGUGGAGAGCGCUGUUGACGCCAUCGACGAGCAAACCAACCCCACCAGGCAGUACCAUGGCAAAGGCGGCCACGGGCUCAUGGACACCUGGUACGACAGCCCUGUGCCCACCUACCCUCCCAACAGCAGGCUCCUGCCCAAGGAGCACCGGAAAAGCUUCCCAACAGGGUCCCCUGAGGCCAAGGAGGAAGGGCUGGAGGUGCAGAUUAACCGUCUGGCUGAGCUCAUCGGCAGGCUGGAGGACAAGACCCUCUGGUUUGACCUGCAGCAGCGCCUGUCAGACAGUGAGAGCACUGCUUGCGCGUACCUGCUCCUGGUGCGGGACGAGAUGACGGUGGCGCACAAGCACCUGGGCGAGUUCUGCAGCUCCCUGAAGCAGUACCUGAAGAGCGUGGCCGGCGAGCGGGACUGCUUCCACGUGACUGCAGUGAAGCUGCCGGAUGGUGUCACCUUCAUCGUCUACGAGUUCUGGGAGACCGAGGAAGACUGGAAGAGGCACCUGCAGAGCGCCACCUGCAAGGGCUUCCAGCACGUCAAGGUGGACACGCUGAGCCAGCCCGAGGCUGUGUCCAGCGUGGCCGUGCCAGCCGCCUGGUGCACCCUGAGCAGAGACUGA